UUGUGUGAGAGACAGAGAGAGAGAGAGAGAAGACCAAUGAAAAGAUGUCAUCUUUUUGCCCAAGCCGGUGACUUUAAUGGUCCAAAACCAACUUACACACUUAGUUGUUGAUGGGUAUUGUUGGAAAUUGCUUGCAAUUAGGGUUGGUGGUGGUGAUGAUCUAGUGGAGAAGUGUGUGACUGAAAGUUUUGGGCUUUGAGGCUUUUGGGGAGUUUUUUUCUUUUUAAUUUUGGAGGUGGUUGUUUGGUGGGAAGCCAAUGCCAUUGGAGAAGGCUCUGUGGUCCUGUUGAUUGGUUUUUCAAGUUCCCGAUUCUCAGUAGAAGAGAAGUCUACUUCAUGUCGUGGGCUGGCGCAGAAGACACUUUCCUUUCCACUUCUCUUGCGAGCUAUCUUGACAAAAAGCUUCUUGUCUUAUUGCGAGAUGGCCGAAAGCUCUUGGGAUUACUACGGUCUUUUGAUCAGUUUGCUAAUGUUGUUCUUGAAGGUGCAUGUGAACGAGUUAUUGUCGGUGAUCUUUACUGUGACAUCCCAUUAGGUCUGUAUGUAAUCCGUGGGGAGAAUGUCGUCUUAAUUGGAGAGCUGGAAUUGGGUAAGGAGGAGCUUCCUCCACAUAUGACUCUGGUACCAGAAGCAGAGAUAAAAAGGGCUCAGAAAGCAGAGAGGGAUGCUACAGAUUUAAAAGGCUCCAUGAGAAAAAGAAUGGAGUUCCUCGAUUUUGAUUAACUUGCCCUCCCUUAUGUCGUGGGUUUAGGCCAUGUCCGCAAAUUUUAGUGCGACAGUGACCCAAGAUUUUCACCUCAAUGGGAGCGCAGAAAAGAAGAAAGAAGAGAAAUAGUAUAAGUUCUGAGGACCCAUUGAACAAAGGGUGAGAAGGGAAAGUUAUUUUUAUCCGGGUCUAGUAAAGGCAAGGCAAUGCUGAUGGUUCCUUCAUCCCACGCUUCAUUUGGAUUUGAUUGAUACGCACGAACAUGGUUUGGGUUCUACAGAAUUGAUUAGGGUUUUUAGAUUCGCAAUUGCUUCUCUGUCAAACAUGCCUAGUUUUGAUUUUUCAUGGCAACCACUGUCAUUACAUUUGUAAGAUGGUAAUUCCUGUUGAAUCCACAUUAUGCUUACAUG